UAUGUGUGUGUGUGUGUGUACAAGAGAACAGCUUGCAUUUCUCUCUCCAUCCAACUCGCACUGGCCUCCACACAGAGACACAGAGAAAGGAGACACAGGACAGAGAUCUCGCACUUCUCAGCCUCACUGAUGCCCUUUCCAUAACCCCAUCCCUACCAGCUAACCCCCUGCCUCUUUGGGAAGGAGCUUCUCCCCCAGCACAACGAUAAGGCCGGCUGGAUUUAUCUCUCCCUCACUGACAUUCUCACACUGAUUGCACGGAAAAUAAACCCCUGUGGCUGCGGAGGAGAUCACCGUUUUUUCCUCUCAGACAAGCAGCAAAUCUAAGGCGGAAUGAGGAAGGCGACCCCCAUACCGGCUGCUGGGCUCUAGAUACACAUUUCUGCCCGAAAGGGCCGGCUUUGAACGGCGAUUCCAUGGGAAGGAUCCAGCUUCUGCCAUUAUUUUCUUGGGAAGGGGAGGACUGAGCUGGAGACUCAGCAGCAACAAGCACAGGGGCCUUUAAUACUGACAAAGGACUGAAGGAGCCGCUUACAGUGCAGGCUCCCACUGGAAUAUGGCGGACACAGAGGAGGCUUAUGGGAUGCCUGAUACCCCUGUGGAAGCAGAGCCCAAAGAACUACAGUGUGAGCCUAAACAGGACAAUCAAUUGGGGGCAAGCAGCAAGACCCCCACUUCUCCUCCGGCUGCAUUUACCCAGCAGGGAAUGGAAGGCAUUAAGGUGUUUUUGCAUGAGAGAGAACUAUGGCUGAAAUUUCAUGAAGUUGGCACAGAAAUGAUUAUUACUAAGGCUGGAAGGCGCAUGUUCCCUAGUUACAAAGUGAAGGUUACUGGCCUGAACCCAAAAACCAAGUACAUCCUCCUCAUGGAUAUCGUUCCUGCAGAUGACCACAGAUACAAGUUUGCUGAUAACAAAUGGUCAGUCACAGGCAAGGCUGAACCCGCUAUGCCAGGACGUUUGUAUGUUCACCCAGAUUCACCAGCCACGGGCGCACAUUGGAUGAGGCAGCUAGUCUCCUUCCAGAAGCUGAAGCUCACAAACAACCAUCUGGAUCCAUUUGGACAUAUCAUCCUGAAUUCAAUGCACAAGUACCAGCCACGGCUCCACAUUGUCAAGGCAGAUGAGAACAAUGGCUUUGGGUCCAAGAAUACAGCUUUCUGCACUCAUGUAUUUUCUGAGACUGAUUUUAUUGCUGUCACCUCAUAUCAGAACCACAAGAUCACACAGCUAAAGAUAGAGAACAAUCCCUUUGCCAAAGGAUUUCGGGGAAGUGAUGACAUGGAGCUACACCGGAUGUCCAGGAUGCAGAGCAAAGAGUAUCCAGUAGUGCCAAGAAGCACAGUCCGUCAGAAAGUCUCCUCUAACCACAGCCCAUUCUCUCAAGAAACCCGUAACAUUACAGGAUCUUCUACCCUAAAUUCCCAAUAUCAGUGUGAGAAUGGUGUUAGCAGCACAUCUCAGGAUCUUCUGCCACCUUCCAGUGCAUAUACUUCCCUGCCCCAUGAGUCUGGUACUAUAUAUCACUGCACAAAAAGAAAAGUAAGUGAAGAGCCAGCUGAGCAUUCCUAUAAGAAACCCUACAUGGACACUUCACCAAGCGAAGAGGACCCUUUUUACCGAUCUGGGUACCCACAACCUUCAUCCUCUUCCUCAUCUACCACCUCUUUCCGCACAGAAUCUGCCCAACGACAGGCCUGCAUGUAUGCUAGUUCAGCACCUGCCACAGAGCCUGUACCAUCCAUAGAGGAUAUAUCUUGCAACAGCUGGUCUAGUGUGCCCUCUUACAGCAGCUGUACAGUAGGUGGAGGAAUGCAACCCAUGGAGCGCCUCCCAUAUCAGCACUUCUCUGCUCACUUUACCUCUAGUUCCCUCAUGCCUAGACUGAGUAAUCAUGCAGGCACACAGCCAAGUGAUUCUCACUCCAUGUUCCAACAUCAGUCUUCUCAUCAGGCCAUUGUAAGGCAAUGCAAUCCUCAAUCUGGGUUACAACAAUCAUCAGCUCUUCAGCCCACUGAAUUCUUGUACCCACACAGUGUUCCCCGGACCAUUUCACCACAUCAAUACCACUCUGUGCAUGGGGUAGGUAUGGUCCCAGACUGGAAUGAAAACAGCUAACAGGGCAGAAAGAUGUGGUUUUGGAGUGCAAAACCGAUAUGUUGUUCAGAGAGCCAUUGAAUGUGGACAGAUGUUGGAAGGAUGCAAGGAUUUGUGUACUGGAACCUAUUUCAGUGAUCCACUUUCUUCCUAAACUCUCUAGCUUUGUGAUCCUACAUAGAAAGAAGAAUAAUACAAAGUUGGAGUGUUCCUAAAAGGAUUCACACUCAAAAAAAUAGAGACCUCUCAAAUCCUGUAGCUUUGCACUUCAUGCAGUGGGCUAACACUAUAUUGUGGCAUCCUUGUGGAAGGACAAAUAAAGCAAAAAGGAGGGGCAAAAAGAUGCACUUAAUGUAAGCACCUACACGGCUCUGGUGUUUGCAGUGUAUUACUCAGUGUGCUGUAGGAGAAUGGAACAGUCUAUGUAAAAACAAUGAUGAUGCUGUGUAUUCUGUCAAGGAGGACAUGGAAAGAUUGCUCUGGAGAAAAAGCAGAGCUUGUAAUUAGAUUCCUACACUUCAGCAAGUCUUCGGAGUUGGGUCACCCUCUAGGAAAGAGACCAAUGUUAAGAAUAUUAAAUGUUCAUCCGAAAUCAAUAACUAAAAACAUGGGAGGAAAACAUAUGAAUAAAUCCUUGAUCUGUACUGUAGAUUGGUGAUGGUUGCAGAUACCGCCAUUUCAGUAUUUGAUGCAUGACAGCUUAUAUAAUUGGAAUCUUGUGGUCAUUUGUAGUAUUGCUUUUGUAAAAAAUUGGAGUAAAAAAAUUACAAUUUCUGUUCUGCAAUAGUUCUACAUAGCUAUGUUGCUAUUCCACCCAAUUUCAUUCCAAUUCAAAGACAUUGGCUACUAUCUAUUGUCUACCAAGAUCGUCAAGAACAUAAUGCAAAUAUGCAUAUCAUGGAAGUAUGGUUUCUCUUCUGCCACAGAAAUGAGUAAAAUCAUGCCAAGUUAAACCUUCCUUCCCACAAUUACCUUUUUUUGUAAGAAAACCUCCAUAAGUUAUUUUUAAUUAUUACUUUGUGACCCAAUUGCUAAAUAACGUUGACCCUUGGCUACAUAAUUGGGUGGUCAACACUUCCAACAGCUGCAGCCAUCCUACAACGGGCCUGAACAAUGGAUCUAGCCUGCACCUCACCUCCACAUAAAACAGAGUGCUUGGUUUGUCAAAUGUUGUGUCAUUGACCUUGUUAUAUAAUAAAAGAUAAUAUAUUUU